AUGGCGCUUGACCCUCUAGGCGCCGUCGUCCUGCAGAGCAUCAUGGCGCUGAGCGGUCGACUGGCAUUGGCGGCGCUCAGACUGUGGGGUCAGGGAGGUGGGAGAAGGCCCAUAUCCCUCUCCGUGGGAGCCUCAGGCGGCUUUGGAUGUGGAGGAAGCAGUGAGAAGAAGCUCUCUCUGCAGGAUGUAGCGGAGCUGCUUCGGACCAGAGCCUGCAGUAGGGUGGUGGUCAUGGUGGGGGCCGGCAUCAGCACACCCAGUGGCAUCCCGGACUUCAGAUCCCCAGGGAGCGGUCUCUACAGCAACCUUCAGCAGUAUGACAUCCCGUACCCUGAGGCCAUCUUUGAACUUGGCUUUUUCUUUCACAACCCCAAGCCCUUUUUCACGUUGGCCAAGGAGCUAUACCCUGGGCAGUAUAGGCCCAAUGUCACGCACUACUUCCUAAGGCUACUCCACGACAAGGAGCUGCUUCUGCGACUCUACACACAGAACAUCGAUGGGCUUGAGAGAGUCAUCUUCCUCCCCAACCCCCUUCUGAUUCCCCAGGCUGAUGUGAUGGCGGACAAGGUACCCCGCUGCCCUGUUUGUACUGGCGUUGUGAAACCCGACAUUGUGUUUUUUGGGGAGCCACUGCCUGCAAGGUUCUUACUCCAUGUGGCUGACUUUGCUUUGGCAGAUCUGCUACUCAUUCUUGGGACAUCCCUGGAGGUAGAGCCUUUUGCCAGCUUGUCUGAAGCAGUACAGAAAUCAGUGCCCCGACUGCUCAUCAAUCGAGACUUGGUGGGGCCGUUCGCUCUGAGUCCUCGAAGGAAAGAUGUGGCCCAGCUAGGGGAUGUAGUUCAUGGUGUGGAAAGGCUGGUGGACCUCCUGGGGUGGACACAGGAGCUGCAGGAUCUCAUGCAGCGGGAACGUGGCAAGCUGGAUGGACAGGACAGAUAAGACUAUGGCUUCUCCACCUGGGAAGUCACACAGGAGAUCAUCUUAUGUCCAGUGAGACUUCAUGCCUGAAGACAGCUCCAACAUGUUUACAAACAUGGGCCAGAGCACAACAUGUGGCCUGGAUAGUGGUCCUCUGAGGCUGCCUUUGGAAAAGCUGACCAGGGAUGUCUACCCCUGGGGCUGCUCCAUGUGUGCCCCAUCCCCCCUCACUGCUGAAGCUUGUAGUGCAGAUGCAGCUUUCUGCAGUGGCCCUUAUGGUUAUCAAGAGGGCACACAGUACGCCUGUCACCAGACAGGUAAUGCACUAGGACAAUCUAGCAUGUUGAUUGGUAAAGUGGCAUCUUUAAAACUUCAUUUCUUGCAUGAAAUAAACUUAGUAUAAAAA